AUGCAAUCCUCCUUCCUACUUCCGCGGCCGAGCUCCUCCGACGGCUGCGGCGGCGGCCUCUUCCUCCCCUCCAGACGGCCCAUCAUCUCCUCACUCGGCCGGUGGCCCUGGCCCGACAUCCGCGGCGAGCUCGACCACUACGCCGUCCUCGGCCUCUCCCGCACCGCCUCCGCCGCGGAGAUCAAGCGCGCCUACCGCCUCCUCGCUAGAAAGUAUCAUCCAGAUGUUUGUGGGGACUUGCAAGCUGCUGAGGUGUUUAAAAGCAUCAACUCUGCAUACGAGGUUCUCUCUGAUGAGACCUCAAGGGCUGAAUACAAUAUGACACUCCAAUUCCCUCGACAAACAGAGAGGCCCGAUUUGGAUGCAAGAAGGAAUUACAGAUGGUCGGAACUGCGGCGCAAAACGCGCUAUCGGAAACAAAAGAAAUAUGACUACUCGUGGUACUACCAGAGAUACUAUUCUCGAGAAGCCUCAACCUAUGAGAGACGUCAUUUUGGUGAUGUGUUGAUAUUCGCCUUCUUUACACUCUUCUUCGUGCAGACCAUCGGAUGCCGGGCCGCUCUCACGAUAUGCGGAAUCACCGCUUUGUUAGAUAACCGGUUGGAUACUGGGUAUAAGAUAGGGUAUGUGAUCGCGUGGAUUCUCGGGGGCCGGGGCGGUGUUCUUCUUACUCUAUGCAUUCGUUUCGCCAGCUGGCUCUGCGGGAAGAACAGCAGCGGGAUGGUGGCUUUGGUGGUGGUGGCGAUGUGGGUUGGGGUGAGCCUCGCGAGAUUUGCUCCUCUUCCUCACGGUGCCGUGCUUACGUUGUUGUACAUGUCCAUUAAGCUUCAGGUCGAUCUCAAGUGAGACAAAUGCGAGUGCGUUGUUGGCUCCCUGGUGAUGAUAAAUCCAUCCAUCCAUCCAUCCAUCUGGUGUAUAUACUUGCGAGUUGGAUUCUGAAAUGAAGAACAAACUAUUUCGUAAACUGUAAAUACAAAAUUUCCAAUUACUGAAAGCUGGUGCAGAAAGACUUCUUGAUGGCUUCAUAUGUAUAGCCAGUUGAUAUUCAUCUUUGCAAGGACUCUUAUCAGCUUUUACUUACAUACUCCGUACGUUACGGGACAUUUAGACCAACAUUAAAGAUCCUGUUUGGAUGCAUGAAUAUUUUUGUGAGUACUUUUUUUUUAAAAAAAAAUGUACUCAAGAAGAAGCUUAUAA